AUGAAAGAUUUAGGUUUGCUUAGUUACUUCCUUGGCUUGGAAAUUUCUCAUGAUUCUUCUGGUUACUUUCUCACCCAAGCCAAGUAUACCUCUGAUCUUUUGGCUCGUACUGGUCUUACCGAUUGCAAGACUGCCCCUACCCCAGUUGAUCCUCAGACUUGUCUCACACCUCUUGACGAUCACCUGUUGUCUGAUGCUACCUUAUAUUAUCAGCUAGUUGGCAGUCUUGUUUAUCUCACAGUUACUCGUCCAGACAUUGCCUAUGCUGUUCACAUUGUCAGUCAGUUCACGGUUGCUCCUCGCUCUCUGCACUAUAAUGCUCUGAUUCGUAUUUUGCGCUAUCUCAAAGGAACUAUAUUGGGUAGGGGAUCCUACUGGUUGUCGUUCUACUACAGGAUUUGUUUCUUCUUGGGUGACUCUCUUAUUGCCUGGCGCAGCAAGAAGCAAACUCUUGUUGCUCGUUCUAGUACUGAGGAUGAGUAUCGUGCUCUUGUUGACACUACUCAAGAACUUUUAUGGCUUCAUUGGCUCCUUACUGAUAUGGGUGUUUUUUUCCCCUGGUGCCACCUUUCUUUAUUGUGA